UCUUUUAAAGGGAAACAGGCGCUUUUCAUUCAUUGGAGGUCACGGUCUUUCAGUAAUAUUGGCCGACUGAAGCGAGGAGUCCGUUGGCAUUUUUUUAAAGACUCGUAAUAGCUCGCUGGGGCCCUCCAGCCCCAUCUUUCCGAUGGAGAUUCACUGUAAGCACGACCCGUUUGCGGCAAUGCACAGACAUGGUGGCGUGAACCAGCUUGGAGGUGUGUUCGUAAAUGGCAGACCCCUCCCAGAUGUAGUUCGCCAGCGAAUAGUAGAACUUGCCCAUCAGGGGGUUCGGCCGUGCGACAUCUCACGCCAGCUACGAGUCAGUCAUGGAUGUGUCAGCAAGAUACUGGGCAGGUACUAUGAAACGGGCAGUAUCCGCCCUGGGGUAAUUGGGGGAUCCAAACCAAAGGUUGCUACACCAAAAGUGGUCGACAAAAUCGCCGAUUACAAACGCCAAAACCCCACCAUGUUUGCCUGGGAGAUCCGGGACAGGCUCCUAGCAGAGAGAGUUUGUGACAACGACAGUGUUCCCAGCGUCAGCUCCAUUAACAGGAUCAUCCGGACUAAGGUUCAGCAGCAGCCUGGUCAAACGGGCUCAGUGUCGGCUCACAACCUAGCAACGUCCGUGCCAGCCACACAGGUCUCAGCAGUGACCAGCGACUCGGCCGGCUCCUCGUACUCCAUCAGCGGCAUUCUGGGUAUCAGCUCAGCUGCUGAUGUAGGCAAGAGGAAGAGGGAUGAAGGUUUGCAGGAGUCACCGCUGGCCAAUGGACACGGCCACAGUGGGCGGGACUUCCUCAGGAAGCAGAUGAGAGGGGAGCUAUUCUCGCCACAGCAGAUCGAGGUAUUGGACCGCCUCUUUGACAGACAGCCAUCCUGUCCAAUCCAGUCCAGCUCUGACCUCUAUGUGAGCCCUGAUUCUGGCAAGACGUCAGAUUAUUCAGCCAUGGCUUCAUUAGCAGGAGGACUGGAUGAGAUGAAGAACAGUUUGGCCAAUCCGGGCACAGGGGCAGAGUUAGGAGCCAGCGUCUCUGGUCCACAGUCCUACUCACUAGUUCCAGGUCGAGAUCUAGCCAGCACCACUCUGCCAGGCUACCCUCCUCAUGUCCCUCCUACUGGACAGGGCAGCUACUCCACCCCCUCCCUCACUGGAAUGGUACCUGGGGGAGAUUUUUCCGGAAGUCCAUAUUCCCAUCCGCAGUAUUCAACGUACAAUGAAUCAUGGAGAUUUCCUAACCCCAGCCUAUUAGUGUUUCAGCAGGAUUAUGGGUCUCUCCUGGGGACGGAAAUCGGCUGCUCCUCCAGUCUCUUCACCAGCCAGGCAGGACAGAUGCAAGGAUCGCCAUAUUAUUACAGUGCAACAUCACGAGGGGCAGGCCCUGCUGCCACCGCUACAGCCUCCACCUACGACCGCCACUGACACCCUCGUGUAGACACAGGAAGUCGCAGGGUGAGGAGGAGAAGGAGAUGAGGGAGGGAUGGAUAGCAUCGGAACCGCUCAGUACAAACUCGCCUACGCUUGGACUUCAAAGAGGAGAAGAAUUCAAAUCUUUGACAUCGGUGAAGUUUGCAUUUUCUUUGAGUGACACUUAAACCAACGAAUACACUCCUGAGCUGCAGCACAAUACUGUUUGGGUAUACAAUACUGUGAGGACACAGGUAUGUCAAGGUCAAUAACCGAUUAUGUAAACAAGUAGAUUUUGGAAAUUUGGACCCUCCCACACUAUCAAGCCUUCGUAUUCCUAUCUAGUUUUUAACCAGUCAUAAACCAAAAGUCAGCGGACUGUGUGUAGCAUUAAAACUAUCUGUAUUGUGACCUUCUGGGUUUUCCAGUUGGGAAUAUUUUUGAUGAAAUUAUUUAAGCUGAUCAGAGAAAAAUCAACUUUUUCAAACAGUAGGCUAUUUUUAUGACCGCACAUUAAUCAAUCAAUUUUCUAUGCCAUGCUACAGUGAAGUAAAGACAAUCCAAUCAUCCUAACUUUGACUGACCAAAAUCACCCAUAUCGUUACCAUUCUAUUCGUUCUGCCACAGAUUCAACACAUUUUCCUCUGGAACCCUCAGAAAUGUUCAUCAAAUGAGAUAACAUUAUUUCAAAGGGAGCGUUCAGGGUCACGCAUGUUCGCCCUGUCCCGUUUGUUACUGUUAUAGUGGUCAAGCUUUCCAGUUCUGCAGAGUAUACAUGCUCUGAAUUUCUAGUCAUUUUUAAAGCGGCGGAUUGCUUACGACAAACACAACUAUCACACAACUGUCAACUAUCCAAUCCUUUUGUGUUACCAGUGCACUAUGCAGUAUGUAAGCUAGUGAGCAUUUUUGCAUCUCACCUCAUUUCUUCAUUCUUUACUUUUAGGAUUGGAAAAAGUUUAGAAGAUAAGACUCCUUAAAUGCUGUGUGUGAUUUCUACUGCUGCACCAUGCACACGGGUUCAGCGUGUAGAAAAAUCCAAAACUUGGCACGCCUAAAGAUAGUUAAUAAACCAUGACUGGAUGUUUGCUGUUCAGGGGUGGGGUUUUAGUAGUUGAAGUCAAGCAUGAUCCAAUUUUCUGGUAAGAAAACUGUGUCCUCACAUAGUGGAUGUAUUAAGAGGAGCUGGAUACUGGAUGUCAACGCCUACAGAUAAAUUCAUAACAGAACGAUUACGGGCCAACCUAUCAGAGGUAGAAACAUUAGUAGUUCUACAGAUGACUCUUUUGUAUUUUUCAAGAAAUGGGGGGGAAAAACGUUUUUUGAGGUGUGGGUAUUUUUGCCUGCAAUACUGAAUUUGACCACUAGAAAAAUUGGAAGGACGUGCUGAAUGACAUCGCUGCAUCCAAAAGCCUCAUUUAUAACAUGAAGUUACAUUCGUAAAAUCUUAAUUUGUAAGUCUGAACUGUCCAUGAUUUUCCUGCUAAUCAGAAUCAGAUUCACUGGCAAAUUUGGAUUCUCUUUUAUUUUCUCUUAAUCUACUUAAGAGAGCGUGUCCUCAAAAAAGUUUUCUUUUCUGUUUUGGUCCUCGGUUAUUUCUGUUUAAAGCCACAAUUCUGCUGAAAUUACAGGUGCCGUCAAUUUAGGUUGGUUUGAGAUCUAUAAACAAUGGUCGUCACAUAAUUAAACACAAGUAAUUAACCAAUCUUUGAACAUAAUAAAAAUGUAUAAAUGAGGCCCCAGCUCUUUUAAUACAUCCAUGCCUUACAUUCACACUUGCAUUUGAGUUGGUUUGAAAGCCACUGACCAAGACAUAGAGAGACUUUUCAGGAAAGCACAGCCUAAAAUCUGAGCCCACUACUGUAAAACAAACAGUACUCAUCUUCACAUCGGACCAAAAUCGGUUCCAUCAGGUUGUGUUACAGUACAGGACGGUGGUAUCCUACCUCCCCAGACAAGAUUUAGUCCUGAUCAAGAGCUAUUUAUAAUGGAGGAGACACAGAGUAAUAUAUUAAGAAGCUUUUCUGUGCUGCACUCCGUGAUGAGAGUGAAUGCCUGUAAUGAUUUAUAAUAGUGUCACGCUGUUGUGCUAGAAUAGUGACGAUGACGACGGCGAUGACGCAGUGAAAUAUGAAUUCUGAAAAAACUUUCAAUAUAAGAAGUCUUUGUUUAUAAGUGUGAUCAGAUUGCGAUUUUCCUGUUUAUAGUUUGUUGCCUGGUAUCAGUUGACAAAGGUGCCACUUAAUAAGUUUUUUGUGUUUUUAUUUUGCUUCCUAAGUGUCCAAACGAAGGCUGGUGCUAGACUGGAUCAGACCCAAUGUGAGGAGUAUCCCUCCUGUUGCUGAUCCAGUCGAGCAUCAGCCAAAGACCAACAGGAAGCAGUGGCACCCUCUCUUUCUAUCUCUGUCUUUAAACUCCCCAAAGAUGGGCCCCCCUAGUGGAUCGGCUGACUUCUUACAAAAGCACAAAGAGACUCAAUCAUCUUCUUAAGGUGACAUUCUACUUUUUCAGCUUCCUUUCAGAACCAUUAAGUACUUCUUCUGCUUUUCCCCGUUUUGAGUAUGUGUCAAAACAUGUGCUUGUUUAAAAUCCUGAAAUUGUUUCUAUAAAAGUACUGCUUUCGUGAAAAAAAAGUAAACCUGAUUAUUAUUUUUUUUCGUUUGUUUGUCUGCCACAUCAGUUCUGCGCUGUGACAAUGCAUGACACCAGGGUUGAGGCCUUACCCAUCUCGUACAGACAGACAGACAAGGACAGAUUUGCCCCUCAGCACAGAUCUGAAAUCAGUGUGUUUUCCCUUCCCAAAUGUCUGAGGGGCCGAUAUAUUGGUCUUGUGAGAGGGCAAUAUCUUCCUUAGCCUGUACCUUUUUCAGUUUCAAUUCUGUCCUCACCAGACUUGUACAGUAAUCAGCGAAAGAGAAGUCACAAUGUCAAUAGCGAUUUCAGUUAUUCACACUGAAGAUUUUAGUGUCGAAGCUUUCUUCUAUUAUAAAAAGACUUAAGGUGUGCGGUGUUGUUUUUGGCCAUCAUCUGCGAGUGUUUGGAUUCCUUUUUUGUUUUGGGUAUAUGUGGCUGAGUGUAGCGCUUCAUUGCUACUGUGUAGUGUCUACUAGCAAACAGAUUGAAGGCACCAAAUCUGCAGUGUGAGGCAUAAUAUAUAGCUCUAUAAACAUACAAUAACUAUAAACCCUGAACAAAGCUGUUAGUUUCUCAAUAUUUGUUGUUUCUGGGAUUUUUUGAAAUAGUAAUAGAGUGGAUCCUUUCACGUUUGUAGACCUUAAAAGUUGUGAAUACACAACUCUAAAGAAAGAUUCUUAUGACGGCUCACCUGCUGUGUUGCCAGCGUGCGCCUCAGCGGGAGCCUUUCCUUAUUUCUGUCUUUUUCUCUUGAUCCUUCUGAGGCAUUAUUGAACCUGAACCACACCAGCUGAAAACAAGGACAGUGCCUUUAGUUUUAUAUGUCAACAUCCCCCUGACCUACUAUGAGUCACUAAAACUAGAUUCAGUUUCCUCCCUGCAACGCAUUUAACAGAAGUCUUAUUAUUUACCCGGGCAAACACAGGGUUUGAAGAUUUUACAAAGCCUUUUACAAAUAAAUAAAGGUGAUUAAAGUACCAAUAACUCACAGUGAUUCUUACAAUGCAACAACAGUGUCAUCGCGGCUCUGACAGCUGAUCUAACAGCACCCACAUUAGUCAAUAAAUCUCCCCGAAUGUGGAUUUUUCAGUCAUAAAACCCGGAAGAAAAAAAGAUGUUGUUAAGCAGCUACAGCAACGAAAAGCAGAAAAUAGUCCUGGUUGUAUUAAAGUCAGUGAUUGAUUCCUCACUCAUCAGCUGUAGUGACAGUGCCAGAGCCAUACGAUUUCUAUCCAAGCGACUCAGCUGAGACUAAACUUCUGGUGACACCAAGACAGAUGUCUUUUUUUGUUGAGUUGUCUUUUGUGUGGCAGUACAGUAGGUCAUGUCAUGGAAGAUUGUUUCCACCACUGAAUUUAUUUUAUUUAUAUUUUCCCCCAUCUGUAGCUCUAAAUUCUAUGAUAUUAUUUCAAAAUUCUUAGUUAUCUUUAGAUAAUAAUCCCAAAUUUUGACAUAGCACAACAUUUUUCAUUUUUGAUAAAGCUCCUAAGAUGAUCACGUUGUUAGUGGGUGGUAGUGUCUGUGUGGGAACAUUGACCAUAAAGAAAUGGGUCAGCAAAGUCACAGGACACAACUCCAGUUCUACAAGUAUAUGCAGAACCUGCUAAUGGGCUAAAAACCUGCUUACAGAGCCAGUCACCCAGGCCUAGACAAGUUAGUGACAUCCUGGCAACCACCCAUCGUUAGGGGAAAAUGAGUAUCACCCCAAUGAGUUGUGAGUGGUUGCAAAAGGUUGCUGAGAAAUCAGCUGCUGAAGCCUCAGUCACAUAGGUCUGGAGACUGGUGACACUGGUAACCACUGGUAACUACGAAAAAAUUGUGUUCCCUGACCAGUUUGCAAGUGGUUGCAGGAGGAUGCUUGCUAUCAAAAGGUGAAGGCAAAUGGUCUCCAUUUCGUUUUGGAUCACACUUUUACAAGUUUCACUACUGCUUGAUGAGUGUUUGCAGUAAGACAGCAUCUUCCAUCAAAACAACGGCAACCGUUAAACUGCCAUCAACCAAACCAAUCUCAAGGAGGUUUUUUUGGUUGCAGCGGGACAGUGAGAUAUUUUUUCCAACUUUAGGGUCAUUAAAAGAUAUCCGAACAUCAACCAAGUGCAUAAUAUUUGCAUAUUUCUGAAAUGGGUGACUGAAAAGUUCAAUUUCUGGGAGAUAUCCACAACA